CACCAGAGUCCUCAGUCAGCCAGAGUUGAGCAAAGUUAGUGAGACGUAGGUGAAGGGGUUUGUGCACAGCUUUCCUCCUGGAUUACGUGUGGAGAUUAGUGAUGGGGAAUGCGGCUGCAGGGGGCUUGGAGCAAGAACCUGCUGAUGGCAGAGAGGCCAGGAGCUCAGUCGGAGCAGCUUCAACCAUGAGCGAGCCCACACUGACCCUGCAGAUGAAGCAGCCGGCUCCCCCAAAACUUCCCAUACCCCCAGAGGAGGAGCUGGACGAGCGCUUCAACGCGGUGCUGAGCUCCAUGAACUUGCCUCCAGAUAAACUAAAGCUGCUGAGUCAAUAUGACAGUGAGAAGAAAUGGGAACUCGUCUGUGACCAGGAGCGUUUUCAAGUGAAGAGUCCUCCAGCCACCUAUUUGUCCAAGAUUAAGAGUUUCUACCACGACCAAGGAGUGGUGUCACGUAGGUUAAAGAAAAAAAUCCAAGAUGCCACCCAGGUCCUUAAAGCCUUGGAGAUAUCCCUCCGCACCAAUCACAUCGGCUGGGCCCAGGAGUUUCUCAAUGAGCAGAAUAACGGUUUGGACGUGUUGGUGGAAUACCUGUCUUACGCUCAAAGCGACAGCUCAUUUGACGUGGAGUGUGUGGAAAACGGCGGCACGCUGUCAGACAGACCAAAACCUGUGGACAGGUCGAUGGAAGAUAUAAUUAGGAGCUCCAGCGGUGUUGGGGGUGGGGGCAGUCACUCCCAUGGGGUGACGAGAGCUGCUCGGGCGCUGACUGUGAGAAUAAGCGCCACGCUGUCACAUAAAAUGCACAAGAAGUCCCAUUUAUCCCAGCAGAGGGAUGAUGUCCAUGUGUGCAUCAUGUGCUUGAGAGCCAUCAUGAACUACCAGUCUGGUUUUAACUUGGUGAUGACUCACCCGCGCUGUGUGAACGAGAUCACCCUCAGCCUCAACAGCAGGAAUCCCAGGACCAAAGCUCUCGUGUUGGAGCUGUUGGCCGCCGUGUGUCUCGUCCGAGGAGGACACGACAUCAUUCUUUCUGCUUUUGACAACUUCAAGGAGGUGAGCAAAGAAAAGAACCGCUUUGAGAAGCUGAUGGAGUACUUCCUCAACGAUGACAACAACAUUGACUUUAUGGUGGCCUGCAUGCAGUUCAUAAACAUCGUGGUUCAUUCAGUGGAGAACAUGAACUUCCGGGUGCAUCUUCAGUACGAGUUCACUCAUCUGGGUCUGGACAAGUAUUUGGAGAGUCUGAAACAAACAGAGAGUGAGAAGCUGCAGGUCCAGAUCCAGGCCUACCUGGACAACGUGUUGGAUGUAGGAGCUCUGCUGGAGGAUGCUGAACACAGGGGAGGGGUGCUGGAGCAUUUGGAAGACCUACAGGAUGCCAACUUGCAGCUGAGUGCUCGGCUUCAGGAGAUGGAGAGUCAGACCACAGAGAGGAUAUCUGAGCUGGAGACGCAGCUCAUGCAAGCUACCAAGGAGACCGAGCUGCUCAAAGAAAGCCUGCGCGAGUCGUGCUCCCAGGUUAGCUCUUUGCAGCAGAGAGAGCGGGAGCGCGAGCUGGACAGGGAGAGGGAGAAGGACAGGGAGCAACUGAGCGCCUCCAUCAGUCAGUCCUCCUCUGAGCUGGAGCAGAAGAUCCAGGAGCUGCAGGACAAGGGGCUCAUCCAAGUGGGACGCAACGCCUCCGGAGGUCUGGACAUCCAGGUGGUGCCCGUCAGGGUUGUUGAAUACAUCCAAAGCCCACCUUCAACUGUCCAAACAAGAUCUCCUGCAUCAACCCUCUCCUCAUCACCUCCUCCACCUGCUGCUCCUGGUGGACCUCCUCCCCCUCCCCCUCCUCCACAAUCAGGAGAUGUUAUGAUUGCUGCACCUCCUGCUCCUCCACCUCCUGGAGCUGGUCCACCACCUCCUCCUCCUCCACCUACUUGUGCUGGUCCACCACCUCCUCCUCCACUUCCUGGAGUUGGUCCACCACCACCUCCUCCUCCCCCACCUGGAGUUGGUCCACCACCUCCUCCUCCCCCACCUGGUGGUGGACCCCCACCGCCACCUCCCCCACCUGGGGGUGGACCCCCACCGCCACCUCCCCCACCUGGGGGUGGACCCCCACCGCCUCCUGGAGUGCCAGACACUCAAUCUGGGUUUAAGAAUAAGAAACCCAUUCAGACCAGGUACAAGAUGCCUUUGUUGAACUGGCAGGCUCUGAAACCGAACCAAGUCUCAGGCACCGUCUUCAACGAGCUUGACGAUGAUCAGAUCUUAGGGGAGUUGAACAUGGACGUGUUUGAGGAGCAGUUCAAGACUAGAGCCCAGGGAACUCCAGCAGAUCUGUCCAAGAUUAAGAUCAAAACCCAAAAGACGCCAAGGAAGACGUCACUAAUAGAUGCAAACAAAGCCAAGAAUCUGGCAAUUACUCUGCGCAAGGGGGGGAUGAACCCCUCCACAAUCUGCACCGCUAUAGAGACAUACGACCAGCAGGCUCUGUCCAUAGACUUCCUGGAACUGAUUGAACAUUUCAUACCAUCGGACUUCGAGAUGAAACUUCUAGUCAACUACGAGAAAGAUGGCCGUCCCCUGGAGGACCUGACGGGCGAGGACAGAUUCAUUCUACGCUUUGGGAAGAUUCCUCGCCUGACCCAGAGGAUACACACUCUGACUUUCAUGGGCAACUUCCCUGAGAGCGUCAGACGCCUACAGCCGCAACUGGACUCCAUCAUCGCAGCGUCCAUGUCUAUUAAGUCUUCAGCAAAACUGAAAAAGAUCUUAGAGAUUGUCCUCGCCUUCGGUAACUACAUGAACAGCAGUAAGAGAGGCGCGGCCUACGGCUUCAGGCUACAGAGUUUAGAUCUUUUGCUGGAGACCAAGUCAACGGACCGCACACAGACGCUCCUCCAGUUCAUGACGAGCAUCAUCGUGGAAAAAUACCCCGACUUGGUCAACUUCCACACUGAGCUUCGCUUUAUAGACAAGGCAGCUCUUGUGUCCCUGGACAGCAUUCUUCAAAAUAUCCGUUCAUUAGAGCGAGGAAUGGAGAUGACCAAGAAGGAGUUCCUGGUGCAAGACGACAGCCCUGUGUUAAAGGAGUUCAUUAAAACGAACAGCGAGCAGCUGGAAUCGUUGAUCAAAGACAGCAAGACAGCACAGGAGGCUUACGUCUCUGUUGUGGAGUAUUUUGGAGAAAACCCCAAGACGACGCAGCCUUCCAUGUUUUUCCCCAUGUUUGGCCGCUUCAUAAAGGCAUAUAAAACAGCACAGCAAGAAAUAGAGCAGAAAAAGAAAAUGGAGAUAGGAGCCUGUGAGGUGAAGGAAACACCUCCAAUCAAAGCUGGAGGACAAAAGGGUCCUAUGACGCCUAAAAUGCCUCAGAUGGAUCUGAUAGCAGAGCUGAAGAAGAAGCAGCUGAAACCUCCGGUACGAGAGGGGAAAGACGGGGCUCUGGAGGACAUCAUCACAGAUUUAAGGAACACGCCAUACAGACGGACAGACGGACGUCGGCCUGCUCAGCGCCAGGACACCUGA